AUGCCGGCGUUCCCGCCCCAGACGAUCGUGGACUUUGCGACGGCGCCAGACGCGUCGGCCACGCAGCAGCAGCUCCUGCACGUGCACAACAGUCGCGGCCUGUGUGACCAAGCCACCGUGCACGUGCUGGAGUCGUACUUAGCGGAACAGGUGCAACACACGACGGUCGAUGUGGACGCGAACCUCGCGCUGCUCAAGUUGUACCAGUUGUACCCAUCCACGCUCAAGGCCGCGACCGUCGCGACGGUGCUCAUCAAGGGCAUGAUGGCGCUCCCUUCGACGUUCUUCACGGGCGCUUCGACGAUGGUCCCCGAGAGUAUCCGCGAGGAUGCUCAUGUCUCGGCGGUGCUGCGCACGGGCUUUAUGCUCCAGUCGUGUCUAUUCGAAGACUUUUGGAAGACGGACGUGGCGUUUGCGGACCAGGUGCCGGGCUUCUUGGAGUCUGUGCGCGCUUACAUCUUGGUGGCCAUCUGCCGCAGCCACAGUGUGAUUUCCACGGACGUUUUCAAGGCCAAACUCAAUGUGUCAGACCAGCAAGUGGCUGACAUUGUCGCUGCCGAGCAGUGGACAGUGGCUGGUAAUUUAAUUCAGAUCAAGCCCAAUGAGCUCAACCAGAUGCAAGCGAAGAAGGUUCAGGAGAAUAUUCAGUACGAAGACGUGCUUAAGGCCAUCCACGUUCUUUCUAAAUAG